AAGAAGCCGGCUCGACGCUCGCCGAAUCUGGAGGUAGCACGACGUGGGGAGAGACGAGAAGAAGGCUCCAAGGAAGAGGAAGCUGAAGGCGAGCGAGUGGGGAGGGAGGAAGAUGAAGGUCCGCGCGUCGGUGAAGCGGAUGUGCGGGUUCUGCAAGGUGGUGAAGCGCCGGGGCAUCGUCUUUAUCCACUGCACCGCCAACCCCAAGCACAAGCAGCGCCAGGGCUUCUCCACCCUCGCCGAAGCCGCCGCAUCAUGCACCCACCUGCCGCCGCCAUCGCCGCCGCCUGCCAGCAGCACCGCCUCCGCCGCAGCGUUCACCGAGGCUUCCAAGGUGGCUAGGCAAGAGAUGUUUACAAAAUUUAAUUGGCCUCUGGGUUUAGCUGCCCUGCUCAAGAAUGGCGAAAAAUAAUGCAUCUGCUCUACUAUACGCUGACAAUUCAGAAGCAGAUUUGGCACUUUGAUAUUAAGUGAAAGUUUGUAGCGAAAACUUGAAGCUGUGUCAUUAUGAUGUAUUUUGCAAUCACUACUAGUCAGUUGAGUUGGUCCUGUGGUGGAAUAAUAUCAGCACAUAUUGUUACGCUCCUCAAUAUGUUUGCUUGUUCGAACAAAAUCUAUUACACAUUUGAAGAAAGCUGAUAUACAUGACUCUGCUAUUUAUCUUGCUG